AUGGCGUCGGAGCGGCCGCGAGAGCCCGAAGACGAGGGCAUCAAGUUAUCAGCAGAUGUCAAACCGUUUGUUCCCAAAUUUGCUGGGCUAAAUGUGGUGUGGUCAGAGUCCUCAGAAGCUUGUGUCUUCCCUAGCUGCGCAGCUACAUACUAUCCAUUUGUUCAGGAACUGGCAAUAACUGAGCCGAAAAUAUAUACGGAAGAUAUGGCCUUUGGAGCUUCAGCUUUUCCACCUCCAUAUUUAUCUUCUGAUAUAACUAUUCAUCCAUACACCUAUUCUCCUUACACCCUUGAGUCUACACAAAAUGUCUGUUCAGUGCCUGGCUCCCAGUAUGAGUAUAACCAACGCAGUUGUUAUCAAGGUUUCCAAACAGUUAAGCCCCGAAGUGAGCACAUGUACCCUCUCCCUCAAGAAACUAAAGGUCUUCUUAAGGUGACUUUCUUGCAGAAAAAAACAUACAAUGAGCCAAAAUUUGACAGUAAAAGGGCUGGUGGAACUGUAUCAUCUGAUACAAAAUCAGCUAAAGGUUCCCAUCAUAUGUCCGUUCAUGCAGAAAAUAGCUUGAAAUCAGAUACUCAUCAUAAACGAACAGACAGGAAAUCCAGAAUCAUUGAAAAGAGUGGCUCCACCUCCAAACCUGAGUUUGAAUUUACCAGGUUGGACUUUCCUGAACUACAGGGUCCAGAGAACAGUGGUACAUUAGAGAUACCCAAGGAACCCAAAUGGGGCCCUUUGCGUACUGCUACAGCUGACAUUUCUCUCUUGAGAGAAAUCAAACCAACCACGGUAUUAUCAGAGGGUGAAAUAGUGAUCAAAAAUAAAAAUCCAACUGAAUCUGUAGCUGAUAAUACUGCGAACAAUUCCUCUUCAUGUACAAGAGAAUUAUCUUGGACACCAAUGGGUUAUGUUGUUCGGCAGACAUUGUCUACAGAACUGUCACCAGCCCCUAAAAAUAUUACAUCCAUGAUAAACCUAAAGACAGUUUCUUCAUCAGCAGAUCUUAAAACUGUUAGUGUAGCAUCUUCUGCAGUUUUAUCUUCUGAUCCUUCCUACAACAAAGAGAAACGUAUUGUUCAUCUUACUAAAAAGUCCAGAGCAUUACAAAGUGGCAACCCUGAGCAAAAUGAAAUCUCAAGAAAGAAUAAGAAAAAGAAAGAAAAGUCGAAAUCAAAAUAUGAACUCCUAACAAAGCAGGAGCCACCAAGGAUCGAAGAUGCUGAAGAGUUUCCCAAUCUUGCAGUUGCAUCUGAAAGGAGAAACAGAGUAGAGUCACCAAAAUUUCAAUCUCAACAACAGCCACAGAAUAAUUUUAAAAGUAGUGGAAAGAAGAGUGAAAUUCCGGUACAGCUGGAUUUGGGUAGAAUGCUCAUGGCACUGGAGAAAAAGCAGCACUCCCAGAACGCAAAGCAGUCCUCCAAACCUGUGGUAUUAUCAGUGGGUGCAGUGCCAGUCCUUUCCAAAGACACAACAUUGGGGAUGAAGAACCACCACUUGAACCAGGUACAGACCCCUCACAACCCCUUAGACUCCAGUGCCCCCCUGAGGAAGAAAGGAAAGCAAAGAGAAGUUCCCAAGGCCAAGAAGCCAACCUCUCUGAAGAAGAUUAUUUUGAAGGAACGACAGGAGAGAAAGCAGCAGCGUCUCCAAGAAAAUGUUGCAAGUGAUACUGUCCAAGACAUAGAGAGCAGUGUUGAUGACCAGUCCCUCCAGCAGGCUAACCCCUCAGCUCCAGGGGAAACAGAAGAAUCAGUCCCCUCCACUGUUGUAGAGGAAAGUGGGUCAGAAGAGACGCUCAGAGCUGAGCCUCAGAAUGACACAGAAGCCUGCCAUCUUGGUCUUGACUCCACCAGUUUCCCAAAGAUUCACAGUCGGAGGUUUAGGGAUUACUGCAGCCAGAUGCUUAGUAAAGAAGUUGAUGCUUGUGUCAUGGAUCUUCUAAAAGAGCUGGUACGUUUCCAAGACCGUAUGUACCAGAAAGAUCCAGUCAAGGCUAAGACCAAACGCCGACUCGUGUUGGGGCUAAGAGAAGUUCUUAAACACCUGAAGCUCAAAAAGUUGAAAUGUGUCAUCAUUUCUCCCAACUGUGAGAAGAUACAAUCCAAAGGUGGGCUAGAUGAUACUUUGCACACCAUUAUUGAUUAUGCCUGUGAGCAGAACAUUCCAUUUGUGUUUGCUCUCAACCGCAGAGCUCUGGGGCGCAGUCUGAACAAAGCCGUUCCUGUCAGUGUGGUGGGGAUAUUCAGCUAUGAUGGAGCCCAGGACCAGUUCCACAAGAUGGUCGAGCUGACAAUGGCAGCCCGGCAAGAGUACAAGACCAUGUUAGAAAGUGUGCGUCAAGAGCUGGCUGAAGAGCCUGGGGCUCACACCCCUCCCAGCCCGCCCACUCAGGGCCCAGGCUGCUCUGCAGAGGAUGCACACCUGGACCCAACUGAGAAAGAAGAGCCACAUUACAUUGAAAUAUGGAGAAAACAUCUGGAAGCAUAUAAUCAGUGCCAGGAACUAGAAGAAACUUUAGGGGCUUCAACCUCUGAAAUGAUGAAUUUAAAAUUAUAA